UUAAACUGAAGCACUGAGUCUGUUGUUAUACGUUCUAACCUAAUCUACAUGGUGUCGUUUAGUCACUAAAUAAUCCCACGUCAUACAUUGUCAUACUGAGUUGUACUUACGUGCAGAAUCGGGUGUCGCAUCAAUUAUACUGUUAACGCAAAAGUUGCAAAAAAAUGUCGGACGUGAGAAACUGGUUUAAUUCUUUGCCAAUUUUUACAAGAUACUGGUUGUUAUGUACAAUAGUUUGUACAUUAGUCGGAAGAUUUGGAUUGGUAAGCCCGACCUCGCUAAUACUUAUAAACGAUCGGUUCAUAAACAACUUCGAAAUUUGGAGAGCAGCGACCAGCGUUUUCUUCUAUCCUCUCAAUCCUGGCACAGGAUUUCAUUUCAUGAUUAAUUGUUAUUUCCUAUAUAAUUAUUCACUGAGGUUAGAACGUGGGGAAUAUGACGGCCGACCAGCAGAUUAUUGCUUCUUACUUCUAUUCAACUGGAUAUGCUGCGUUAUCAUAGGACUUAUCGGUGAAUUCCAUUUUCUUAUGGAUCCUAUGGUACUCAGCAUAUUGUACAUUUGGUGUCAAUUAAAUAAAGAUGCCAUUGUUAAUUUCUGGUUUGGUACACAAUUUAAGGCAGUAUAUUUACCAUGGGUAUUAUUUGCAUUUAAUCUCAUUAUCUCUGGAGGUGGCAUGAUGGAACUGUUUGGUAUCUUAGUAGGACAUCUUUAUGUAUUUUUGAAAUUUAAAUAUCCCCAGGAACUUGGUGGACCUGAAUUUUUGAAUACUCCAAAGAUCCUUGAAUCUUAUUUUCCAUCGCAUAGAGGUAAUAUCAGGUGGUUCGGAGCUGUUCCUACGCAAAGAACGCAGACACAAACUAGAAAUACAUUUGGCGGUCAUAAUUGGGGACGAGGAUAUGUUUUAGGGGAAUGAAUUGUUAAUCCUAUUAUAAGAAAACAAAUUUUUUGAUAUUAAAGUCUUUUUCAUUGUUGUUUUGA